ACCUUCACUGCCCAGCCUGGCCCCAACGUGCCUGCCCCGUCACCGUGCCGACAGGCCGAGAGCCUGCCUACCCACCACCACACCCCGAGCCCUAUCAUGUCCCCACCGGACUCUGGCCUCAGCUGUGCCUCUUCCCUUCCGACCUCGGCCACUUCCCCCACCAUGACGGACGUAUUUGGUCUGCCCACACCGCCCCUCAGCCUGGGCACGGGGCGUAGCCGUUCCCCUUCCCCGCUCACCCUUAUCCAGGCCACAUCAAACAAGCCCUUUGCCACCAAACCCGUCCUCAUGUGGAGCAAGCAGGACGUAGCUGACUGGCUCGAGAGCCUGAACCUGGGCGAGCACAGGGAUGCCUUUAUGGACAAUGAUAUCGAGGGCAGCCAUUUGCCCAACCUGCAAAAGGAGGAUCUGAUCGAC